CUUUAUCCGCUUCUCCCCUCCCCGGUCCAGUUUCCUUCCAGAUAAAAGUAGAACCCGCGCCGCUCGCCGCCGAAACUCGGUGGCUUUUACCCGCUGCAGCGUCGCCGCUCGUCAACCAGGGCGAUGCGUCUCCUCUCCACCUCCUCCUCCCCUCGAAAACCCUAACCCUCCCCAUGCGAUUCGCUCCUCCCUCGCUCCACUCCAUCGCCGACUCCACCGCCAAUGCCGCGAUGUCCUCUUCGUCCCGCUUCAGAGCUCGAGGAAGGGACUCAUGGCGUCGAGGCUACAGCGACCGGGCUCCGCCACCACCGCCGCCUGCGGCGGCGGAGGGCGGCGGCGGCGAGGGCGGCGCGUUCGUCAGCGGCGACUCGCACAUCAGAGCCGUGAGGGACGUGAACUACGAGCUCCGGCGGGGCAACGGCGGCGGCGUACGGCCGCCGCCGUAUCGCCCUCCUCCGCCGUGGUCGGGUCCUCCGCCGCCGCCACCCUACGGUGCUCCGCCUCCCGGGCAUGGUCCUACUGCGCGGUAUUAUGGUCCUCCAAUGGGACUAGGCCCUCCGCCUCCUCAUCCUCCUCCUGGAUUUGGUCCUCCGCCGCUACCCUACGGCUCUUUUCCGCCUGGUUAUGGAGCCUUUCCGCCGAGCAUUAGUCAUCCUCCACCGUUGUACGGUCCACCUCAGGUGGGCAGGCCCCAGAUGCCGCAGCCUAGGCUUGCAGAUUAUCGCCGCGAGUGGAGAUUCGCUCCUUUGCAGCCGCCACCUCAAUCUGAGCGGUUUGUAGUACUGUCCUACAACAUUCUUGCUGACUACCUAGCUAGAGACCAUCAGUCCAAACUUUACUUUCAUAUACCUGGUUUUAUUUUGGAUUGGGAGUGGCGAAAGAAAAGGAUACUGUUCGAGUUUGGAUUGUGGGCUCCUGACAUAAUCUGUCUUCAGGAGGUCGACAAAUUUCAUGAUCUACAAGAAGAAUUGGCUAUCCGAGGAUAUAAUGGUUUAUGGAAGAUGCGCACAGGAAAUGCUGUUGAUGGAUGUGCUGUCUUUUGGCGAACAAAUAGGUUCCAAUUGCGGUAUGAAGGGCAAAUUGAAUUUAGUGAACUUGGACUUCGAGAUAAUGUUGCUCAGAUUUGUGUUUUGGAGUCAGUGAAUAAAGGCCUUGUUGGAAGCAAGUCUGAAUCUAUUCUUGAGAGCUCUGAUCAAUCAAGACAAGCUAACCACCUUGUUAUAUGUAACAUUCAUGUUCUUUACAAUCCGAAGAGGGGAGAAAUCAAACUUGGUCAGGUAAGGACUCUCUUUGAGCGAGCUUAUACAGUUUCUAAGAUGUGGAAUGAUGCUCCAGUUAUUAUUUGUGGUGAUUUCAACUGUACACCUAAGAGCCCGCUGUACAAUUUCAUAUCAGAGCAAAAGUUAAACUUGGCUGGACUUGCUCGCAAUGAUAUAUCUGGACAACAUUCUUCUUAUAUUAGUCAACGAAGAAUAUAUCCUAGCUCUAAUUUGUCCAACUCUCGUCCGCCAACUGAUAAUUCCAAUGACAAAGAAAUAAGUGCUGGGGGAGGUACCGACAAUUGCAAUAAUUUAAAACCUCAAGUUGAGAUGGAAAAUGCAAGUUUGACAGAAAUGACCGAUCCCUUUCAAAAAGAUGAAGCUGAGUUAUCAAAUGGUCAACCUACGGAGUCUAAUUCGGAUGAACAUUACUUUGAAGUUUCAUCCAACAGCGAGCUUGAAGAAAAAGCCAUUUCAUCUAUUCCAACUAUGGAACCCGAUAAAACUAAUUCUGAUUUGUGUUUUUCUCCAAAGAACGGUGAAUACCACCAAUUCAUUUAUCCAUUGGAAGCUGUAGAUAGCACUACAACUUUAAGAGGUGCAAAGAAAGACUCAACUGGUAGUGAAAUACCAAACGAACUUUCAACUGGUAGUGAAAUACCAAACGAACUUGCCACUCCCUCUUGGACUUCAGCUUCCCAAAGCAGCAAUGUCAGUUCUUCAUUCAACACGGUACCAAACAACCCUACUGAUGGUCAGUUAUAUCCUCAAGAUAUCAUAGAGAAGACAUCAAGCAAUUUAGCUGUUGAGAAGGAAAAGGAAGUACCCAUAAAGGAAGAACCCAUUAUGUUACAACGAAUAAUUUGCGAAGAUAACAAAUUAGAGUUAUCUGAUUCUGGUGAUUUACUGAUGAAGUUUUCCGAUCUAUCUGUUGGGGACGAGAACAAGACUAAAAUAGAGGAUCCAAGCUCCUCUGGAUGCCAUGGCACUUUCUCAUUGUUGGACGAUUUGAAGACUGUUCAAGAUAAUGCUGUUCUGAAUGAUCCUAAACAAUUGGAUUAUGACGAAACCUGUGAACCUUCUGGAAGUAACAAUAUAUCUGGUUCAGAUGAGAAUUCUGAUCCAAACUUUUUUAAAGAGCUUCUUGGAUCUGAGGAAGAUACCUUACAUGAUUCAUCAUUUGUUGAGAUUCAGGGAGAUACCUUACAUGAUACAUGCCCCUCUGGCGCUGAUCGAGAGAGGCAUAUUUAUAACCCUUACUUCUGGACCCCAAUGGAAAUUAAAGCUGCAUCUGGAAAUGAAGAAUGUACCUCGAUCAAACACAGGUUGAAGUUACGGAGCACAUAUACAGAUGUUGAGGAUUAUGCUGGGACAAAAGAUUCCAGUAGAGAACCCCAAGUCACUAGCUAUAACACACAAUUCAUGGGCACCGUCGAUUAUAUAUGGUGUACGGAAGAUCUGCAAACCGUUAAAGUACUCGACACAAUCCCCACACAUAUUUUGCAGCAAACGAGCGGUUUCCCUACCAAGAAAUGGGGAAGUGAUCACAUUGCCUUGGUAUGUCAGUUGGCAUUUACAAACGGUGUCUCGACCAAGUAGGUUUCAUGCCCAGAGGAUCUUGCUCUCAUAGUUGUUGUUAUGCCAUACUAAGCUUGUAAAAUUUUUUAAUCUGAAUAAACAAAUAUUAGUAUUUAUUUACGUUAUUUAUUAGGUAUUAGCAAAUGUGCAUUGGAAUUUUUCCGUUAUUUAGUAUGUGCGUGUAAAUCUGUUUUUCUAUAUUUCCGCUGCUUUGGUUCCUCCCUUUCGCGGCGUUUUAGGAAGCUUCACUUAUUGUGCCUUUUUUUAAAUUAUUAUUAUUUUUUUCCAUCA